UGGCACCGAACAGGACUAACAACUUUCCUACCGCAAGUUUAAUUUUAUAACCAAGAGAGUUCAUAAGUUGAAAUCUAUAUGCGUUUCGGAACUAAAAAUCAGGUUUUGUGAAGCUCAGUAGGAAUGACACCUGAGAUACGUUUUCUAUUGAGUAAUUUAGGCGUAAAUGUAAAAAUCUGAGUUCCUGAAUGAACUAUCAGGAAUGGCGAGGGGGAUGCGCUCGUCUCUGGAUGUUGAGUACAGUGCGGUGGGAGAGGGGCUCGGGAUGCGGGAGUUCUGGCUCUAUGUGUGGCUGCGCAGACUGGCUGUGGUCGCUGCGCACAUCAUCUCACUCGGCCUGGUCAUUCUCACAUCCAUACUGUCCAGACCAGGAACAAGUCUCUUCUCAUGGCAUCCUGUCUGCAUGUCACUUGGGUUUUGUCUGUGCAUGACACAAGGGAUCCUGCUUUUCUCCGCCGAAGGCAGCCCGUUCUGCUUCAAAUCACGUAAGUGGAAGGUCCGUCUGCACUGGUUUUUCCAGGCUGUGCUGCUGGUGUGUGGAGCUACAGGAUUCAGCUUCAUGGUGGCCAGCAAGAACAUAAAGGAGCAUCCGCACUUCACUUCCUGGCACAGCCUGCUGGGAGUCGCUACAAUGGCCGCUAUCGUGCUGCAGGCGAUCUGCGGCGUCUUUCUCCUCUUCCCCAAACUCAUCAGCACUCACUCGUUUCCUCGGUUGAGACUGUAUCAUGCCACCUGCGGUCUGGUGGCCUACAUGCUGGCCACCAUCACCGUCAUGUCAGCCAUGUUUACAGACUGGUUUCAGGCAUUGGUAAGAGGCACAAUCUGGUAUAUAUUCCUACUCCUCCCACUUUUUCCCGCCUUGGUGGUGAUGAACCAAAUCACCAGUGCCUUCCUGCUCAAAAAGAAGAUUACUAGCUGAAAACUAAAGCCUCAAAUUAGAGCCUAUUUAGGGAUCUGGACUAUAGUAGGCUUUAGAAGCAACACUACUCUAAGGAUGUGAUGACAUCAAAAACAGCACAAAUUUUGACAUUUUAAAUGAUGUACACUCACAUAAGAUUCGACUUUGUCCCAAAUUAUGUGUACUUGCAGUUUUGUAGAGGUACAAGCAGCUGAAAUAGAGAUGCUUUUCUAUGAAAAAUGGUAAAGGAUAAACAUGCAUCCAGGCCAGUAGGGGUCAGUAUAAAGUCCAAGAGCAAUAUUGUGUUAUAAGACAAUAAAUCACAGCCAGCAAAAUGUUGCGUCUGAAAUCGCACACCGUUCGAGUCGAUACUAGUAGAUUUGAAUUUGAUGUAGGUACUACACCUUUUGAUGUACUGUUUUUCACAUACUAUAUAGAAGGGAAUUAUCCGAUUUUGGACGCAUCCGAAAUAGCAUACUGGCCUACUUUAUAGUAGGUGAAAACAGUAUGUGAGUAGUAUGUCUGAAUCCACAGUUUUCAUAAUACAGUAGACAAAAACUGCCUGGGUGACCUACUACUUCCGGCAAGAUUCUGAAUUGCGCAUCUGAUGGACACUUUACUAUCCCAUGAGGCCACGGGAGACAAUUUGUGAAUGACAAUGAAGCAAGGCAACUGACUCUGGUAGGUCACAUGAUAAUGACGUCCAGGUUACAUUCAUACUAUAUAGAACAUACUUCAAAAUAAUGACCUCCUCAGUGAGUAUGCGAUUUCAGACGCAGCCCAAACAGCAUUUUUGUGCCCUUGAAGUACACUUUCGGUAAGAGGAGUGAUCAUAUAGUAUUUCCAAUGAAAUUGAGUGACUAUAGACAGUUAGAAAGUGUAUAUAGUGAUUUUAAGGAACUAAAUUUGCUGUUUAUGAUCUAGUGACUACUUGUGAUUUAUUCUGAAACCUCAGGUAAUUUCUUUCAGAUUCAAAUUGGGAUUUUAUUUAUAAAUUGUUCUUGUU